UGCUCUCCGUGGGCAGCAAGCAACCUUAAACUCACAGCUGCCAUUCACUCUGCUCUGUAGAGCAGCAGAGCUGCUGUGCCUAGUGUUCAGAAAGCUGCCAGGCACCCUGCCUGCUGGCUUUCUUACAAACCCCAGCUAUUUCACACAGACCCACACGCACACAAACACACACACACCCACACCGUGCAGAGACACACGUACAUAUACUCCUUUCCUCAUCUCACUCCGAGCCCUCCCGUUCUGCACAUCCAUGGAACAUUUCUGGAAAGACGCUCUCUAUCUGGUCUGGUGGGCCUCCCACCCCCUCUCCGCCCGCGGUCGCUGAGCUCCCCGUCCCUCCCCGCCGCCCGAGGUCGUCGACCAUGACCAUGACCCUUCACACCAAAACGUCGGGGAUGGCCCUGCUGCACCAGAUGCAGGGCACCGAGCUGGAGCCCCUCGGUCGCCCGCAGCUGAAGAUGCCCCUGGACCACCCUCUGGGGGAUGUCUUCGGGGAAGGAGGAGGAGGAGGAGGAGGAGGAGGAGGAGGUGGCAAAGGGGCAACCUUCAGCUACCCCGAGGGUGCGGCCUACGACCUGGCGGCCGCCUCGACGCCCGUCUAUGGCUCCGCCGGCCUCGGCUACGCCCCAGGCCCCGAGCCCUUCGGCCCCGCCGGCCUCGGGGGCUUCCACUCUCUCAACAACGUGUCUCCCAGCCCUCUGGUCCUCUUGCACCCCGCGCCCCAGCUGUCUCCCUUCCUCCAUCACCACGGCCAGCAGCUGCCCUACUAUCUGGACAACGAGCAGGGCGGCUACCCCGUCCGGGACACCGCGCCCCCGGCUUUCUACAGGCCCAGUUCAGAUACCCGGCGCCAAGGUGGCAGGGAGAGGCUGGCCAGCACCGGUGACAAGGGGAGCCUGGCAAUGGAAUCCACCAAGGAGACCCGCUACUGUGCGGUGUGCAACGAUUACGCCUCGGGCUACCAUUAUGGGGUCUGGUCCUGCGAGGGCUGCAAAGCCUUUUUCAAAAGAAGCAUUCAAGGUAAUAGGCAUAAUGACUACAUGUGUCCUGCAACCAACCAAUGCACCAUUGACAAGAACAGAAGAAAAAGUUGCCAGGCCUGCAGACUGCGCAAAUGCUAUGAAGUGGGAAUGAUGAAAGGUGGGAUCAGAAAGGAUAGACGAGGGGGGCGAAUGCUGAAACACAAGCGUCAGAGGGAGGAUCAGGAUGGCAGAAAUGAAGCGGGAUCCUCUACUGACAUGAGAGCCUCCACCCUUUGGCCAAGCCCCCUGGUGAUUAAACACACCAAGAAGAACAGCCCUGCCUUGUCCCUGACGGCUGAUCAGAUGGUCAGUGCCUUGCUGGAAGCUGAGCCACCAAUACUCUAUUCCGAAUAUGACCCUAAUAGACCUUUCAGUGAAGCUUCAAUGAUGACCUUACUCACCAACCUGGCAGAUCGGGAACUGGUGCACAUGAUCAACUGGGCAAAGAGGGUGCCAGGCUUUGUGGAUUUGACACUCCAUGACCAGGUACACCUUCUAGAAUGUGCCUGGUUAGAGAUCCUGAUGAUUGGCUUGGUCUGGCGGUCAGUGGAGCAUCCAGGAAAACUUUUAUUUGCUCCCAAUCUACUACUGGACAGGAACCAGGGGAAAUGCGUGGAAGGCAUGGUGGAGAUCUUUGACAUGCUCCUGGCUACAUCCUCCCGAUUCCGCAUGAUGAAUCUCCAGGGGGAAGAAUUUGUGUGCCUCAAAUCCAUCAUCUUGCUCAAUUCUGGUGUGUAUACAUUUCUUUCCAGCACCUUAAAGUCUCUGGAAGAGAAGGACCAUAUUCACCGUGUUCUGGACAAAAUCACAGACACUCUGAUUCACCUGAUGGCCAAAGCUGGUCUCUCUCUACAGCAACAACAUAGACGCCUGGCUCAGCUCCUGCUUAUCCUCUCCCACAUCAGGCACAUGAGUAAUAAGGGCAUGGAGCAUCUGUACAGCAUGAAGUGCAAGAAUGUGGUCCCUCUGUAUGACCUGCUCCUGGAGAUGCUGGACGCCCACCGGUUACACGCCCCAGGCAGGAGCAACGCUCCGAUGGAAGAGGAGACCCAGAACCAGUUGGCCACCGCAUCCACUUCGUCCCAUUCCUUGCAGUCUUAUUACAUAACUAGGGAAGAUGAGAAUUUCCCCACCACAAUAUGAAAAUUCACUUUUACCAGUUUGCAAGAUCCUGAGAAUCCCAGCCGCUUACUUCCUAGUUCAUGCAUCACUUUAGCUGAAUUACAUCACAUGAACACACUCCAAUAUGCAUCGAUCACCAGUGAUUUCUUCUCUGAGUAUUCAUUAAUUUUCUUGCUAAAAUUUUUAAUGGCAGAGGUGCCAUCGUUGCAGAUAGCCAAAAGGGAUUUCAGGGCUAAAUUAAUUUGAAUUUUGCAAUGGCUUUUCUUUUUUUUUCACCCCCUUUACAGCAUUAAUUAGGAUGAGUCAACAGGUAGCCCCUUCUGUGUGAAACUCAAAUAUUUUGGCCUCACCUGACACUUGGCUUUCACAAUUUGUUCAAGCCCUAUUCUAGGAUCAGGUGCAGAGCUGUUUUAUUGAACUGGCUCUGAGUGGAACCUACAAGCCAAAAGGGAAAGCAAAACAGCUGCCAUGUGUAAAUUUUAACUUCUUCUAUUCCUAUAGUAAUUUAUGUCAUAUUAGAAAGCACUUGCUGUACUGAAUAAUCUUAGUAAAAUAGUCACUGUCUGUUCCUCUAGAUUUCCACUUUAAGGAUACAAGAUACAUUGUCAUAUACAUUUAUCCUACUUGACAAAGCCAUGUAGACCUAAUGUAUUGCAUCCUAAGUUUACUGAGAACUGCAUCAUUGCAAUCAUUGUUUUAAAGGGAAUCUACAGGGCACAUGGACAUAAUCUCCUGUCUACCUAUGCAUGUGCGACUGCCCUUCAACAUAUGACAGUUCUGAGACUGGUGGAUCACUCAUACACGUUCCGAUCUCAAUUGACAAUGGACUGUCUCAUUUUUAACCAGACCCAAUUCUCCUAAUAACUUGUGGUGACAUUGGCAGAGAUUGGCUUCCUGAGUUCCACAUCCACAUGAAGAAGAUUCCCUGCGGCAGAGUUGCCUUUUCAAGGUCAGCAAGAUUUCCACAGAGAGUAAAGGGUCCCAGAAGUAAGGUAGGAACUUUUGGUCCAGGAAUCUCUAGCUGACCAUCAUGGAAGCAAAUUUGCCCUAAGCAUUAUGCAGGAUAGAGAAAUGAAGGAAAUAUUAGCUAAGUAGCAAAAUCAAGUAUGGAAUUUGUCUACUCCACCUGUGGUGGUCCCCAGAGUUCCAAAAAGGUUGCCCUGUGAGCAAGUUUACCCAUAUGCUCCAGGUCCGUACUGGGGCAGGCCCAGUGGGGGAUCCAUUGUUCCUGCCUCUGCUCAUGGAGCACUCCCCUCCUUCCCCCCAAAAUUGGGGUUUAUUCUCCCAGGGUCUGUCCUGUCUGGGUUGUGAAAGUCUUGUACCUUGCACCUUUCGUUCAGUAAGCUUCAGGCCCCUUGAAGCCGGCCUCAGGAAAACCUCUCACAAAAGCCAAGCAAGACACGCUCAUCCUGCUACAGGGCACCCAGAGGGAUUCUGUUUUUGUGCCAGUAGGCUGCACAGAAAUAAAGGCUAGAGUUCAUCUACCAUGAAAUCUGAGAUAGCUAAAUGCCUUUAUGGUUCUUCUGCUUGUCUAGAAUUCAAAAGGAAACAGGUGAUUUGGCUGUUAGAGGGUAAGGACAGAAGCCAAGGAAGCUUUUUACUGAUGUGGCAUCAUGGCUGGGCUGAGAAGAGUUCAAUUCUUUAGAGAAAGCCAUUGCACGUGGUCAUAAAAAAGUGGAAUAUUUGAGAGAAAAAAAGAUGUUUUCUGAUAUAUCUGCAUUUACCUUUGAGCUCCAUUUUAUUUGUUUGCAUCACUAAUUUGUCUAGAUGAUUUUUGUUGUUGUUUAAAAAGCACCUUAUAUAGUGGUAAUUUCUUUUUAAAGUGCAUUGCUCGCUUAUUGGACAAUUGAAUGUAGCAAUUCUGUUAUAGAUUGUGGUUGCCUGGAUUAACCUGCUAAGCCAACCAACAAAAUAUUUAAUGUUUAUAUGCUUUGAAGCUACCUUAUCACAUAUGCAGUCACUGAUGCCUAGGACUUUGUGAUUGUUACAUUACAUGAUCACAUUUCAUAUCAACUUUUCUAGUCACAGUAGACAAAACAGCACUUCUCUAACUGUCUUUUGGAUACUGGAAGCAAGACAAUAUCCUGUAGCAGAGAAUAUACCUGGGCAGGAAGAAUAUUCAGGGCAGCUAAUUAUGCUUUAACCAAAACAUUAGUACAGAUACUUGUGGGCAGUUAGUAAUGGGGACAGUAGAUUGUUUUUAAUGUUUGUACUGGAUUUUCUUUUCGAAGAGCAUAACUCCCCAAGGACUAUAGGCAAUGUAAUACCAGCAGAAUCCAAACAAAUAGAACAGAGGAAUUUGCUUUAUCCAAAGAGUUCGUAUUCAUUUAAAGAUCCCAGCAUGCUUGAAGCAAUGGGAAGAGAAGAUAGGUUGAGCUGUUUAACAUCUCUCAAUAUCAGAAAUGUAUUCUUGUUUGAGGGAGCAACUCAGGAGUAAGUUUGCCAGCUGAAAGUCCUUACGAAUUGUGAGAUACACUCUGGUUAACUCCUUGAUUCAUUUUUUUUAGGGUGGGAUAGGGAAGGGAGAUUUAGCAAGUGAAAGAUAAGAUUUAUGAUAAUUUUUUAAAAAUUCAUUUCUUUGAAUUUACUGAAAAAUUUGAAGUGCUGAUCUAGUUGAUUUGCUUCUGAACAGAGCAAUAAUUGAGCACUCUCCAAGAGCUCAAUGCAUUUUAAUUGAAAAAGUGUAUGGAAUUUGCUCUAGGGUUCUUGAUUGGAGUCAUUAGCACAGGAUACCACAUACACUAUCACUUGUUCAAUUAACAUAGAAAUUGAUUUAGGAAAAUUGGGUUUUAUUGAGAUGUUUUAGGGGGCCUGCUAACUGAGGAAGAGCAGGGCUGGCUUCUGGCACAGCAAAGAGCUAAUGAUCAGACUAGUAGGGUAGCUACAGUGAGAUACAAUGUGACUACAGGGCACCAAAAAACAAAUGCUUGUGCCAGCUCCUGCUCGGCAAAAAGUCUUUAAUUUGAUUUCCCUAGACCACUUUCUAACAUUUGUAACAAUGUACAAUUUCUUGUGCUAGAGGAGCUGGGAGAAGAAAGCACUUAUUUUUAAUUCAAUUUGAAAUUCAAAAAUAUAACUACUACUUCUGUUUAUGGAGAAAGGAUGUGCUGCAGUUGGGGUUGUUAUUCAUUUGACGAAUUUGUUGAUUUAAAGAUUAUUUGUAAAAUUAACAUCCAGUUCUAAUUCCUAGUUUGGCUGCCUUUAAAAAUAAUUUUUCUAAUUGAAUCAUCUGCCAGACUCCCUAUGGGGAGUGAGACCUAUCAGCAGGGUUAAAUAUGCUGGGCAAAAGAAAAUUUGCAUUAUGCAAAGAACAAUUUUGAAAGGAAUAUUUGUUCAUAUUAAAGCUUAAAUUCUUCAGUAACACCUUGGGAUUGGAACCAGAUCUCACUGCACAAAUUUCUUUGCUAAAAUUCAACGAAAAUAUAUCCCACCUUUGGCUGGAGUCCAAUGAAUUAAAUUGUGGGUACCAAAAAUCCUUCUUUCCAUUACUGCAACUUUCUUCUCUUUCUAUAGUCAUCUUUUCAUCUUUAUGUUUUAAUUAAAAGUGUGGGCUCUUUUUAAGUCAUAAAGAUUACUUUCUACGUGACUGCUGCCUCUUAUUAUGGCACUUCGAUUUUGCACUGUCCUUCAGAGAUUAAAAAAAAAUUCUACUAUCUUUUUUGCAUCCAAAUGUGCCUGAACUUUUAAAAUACACAAAUGCAGCCAUGUCUCCAAAUCCAUAGUGAAUGUGUCUGUGCUGCCCAACAGGUAGCGUGGAAAUCCGCAGUCCAUUCUGUGAAAUAGAUGCCUCUUUCCGUGUCCCUCUAAGAAUGAAGAGAGGGCAUUGGUCACAGAGACUUGAAUUCACAAGUGACUUUAUGCCAGUUCUUGUAUGACCACUGCUUACAAUGAUGCUUUUUGUGUACUGCAUAUCCUUUCAGUAUAGAGCCUUUGUUUUAUGGUAUGAGGCUCAAAAAAUGCCAUGCUAUGUUUGCUAGAUUAUCCUGCUUUUUUGCUGAUGCCGCUUACUGGUCUGUGAUUUUGUUUCGUUGAAGCUUUGCUUUGUUAAAUGAAACACAUAUGUAAACCUCUUUUGCACCUUUCAGAAGAAAAAAAAUCUGGUGGGAUACCUGAGAACUUGUACAAGAUUCUCUCAGCUUAUUUGGUGUUCAAAUAAACAAUUGAGCAGAAUGUA